GCGCCUGACGAGACGGACCGAGGCGGGCCGGACCGGCGGCUUUGCCUGGGGAACGGCGUUGUUGACGGGCGCCGCCCGGCCGCCCUGCGCUCCGCCAUGCCCGUGCGCUUCAGGGGGCUGAGUGAAUAUAAGAGAAACUUCAUCUGGAAAACCCCAGAGUUUUGUAGCCCGUCCCAGCAGCAGAAAUCCUUGUGGGCAGGACUGCGGUCGGAUCAGUUUGGAAUCACAAGAGAACCAAAAUUCAUUUCCAAGAGAAGGGUACCUUACCAUGAUCCACAGAUUUCAAAGUCCUUUGAGUGGACGGCAGAUUGUGAUUUGAAUGAUCCACUUGAAACUGAAGCUCUUAGGACUGCAGAGUUGCACACAGACCACAACAACAAUGAUGUGAAUCAGGAAAAAAUUGAAACCUCAGAAGGACCCAGGGUCCCCCCAAAAGUUCAGUCACAUUUUGUAGAUUCUAGAGGUGAAACAGCUCUUGCUCUUGCAGAAAACAACAUGAAGAGAUCACCCUCUGCAGCUCUACCAAGUCAAAAUGAAGCAUUUUCAUCUCCAAAAAAGGAGUUAGAAAAAAUGGAUAAUGGGCUUCACAGAGUCCUUCAGAGGAAAGCAGGAAUGAAUAUUUCACGUUUAAAUACUUUCCCCAGAAAUUCUGAAUAUCAAAGCCAAUUUGUUUGGAAGAGUCCUCAUGAAAAGUCGCCGAUACUUGCAGCUGAAGAGGUUAUUUGGAACACAAAUAAAUCCGUACCUCCAUUUAAAGCUCCUGCAAUUACUUCUGAAACUGCACAUGAGAGAAAUUUCAAAGAGUCUCCUCCUGUUAAGGGUCCACAAGAGAGAGGUGGUUCAGAAGAGAAAGAAUUUCCAGUUUGUGAGCAAAGUAAGAGGGAAGAACCAUUUCAAAAGCCAGCAGAAGAUGCAGCAAAACAAGGGAAGUCAGAACAGAAACAUCCUAAACAAAAAAAUAAGCAACAUAUCAGUCCAAAGCCCCUCUCUUUACAUAGAAGCCGUGGGAAGAUGAACACUGAAUAUAGGUCAAAAUUUUUGUCUCCAGCCCAGUAUUACUACAAAGAUGGAGCUUGGUCUCGUAUUAGGAGUAAAGUUCCCAACCAGGCAUCUCAAAACACCCUAAAUUCCAUGUGGUAUAUGGAGGUGAGAGAACUUCGAGAAAGAGCAAAGGCUUACAGGCAACGAGUAGAGGGAACACACUUCUCCCGAUACCAUCUCAAUCAGAUCCUGUCUGAUAAUAACAGUCUUUGGGAUGUGUCCUCAAAUUCCAGUUCAGAAGAAGGCAUCAGCAACAACAUCAGAGCACUAGAUCUUGCAGGAGUUUCUGAAAAAGAGACUGCACCAAGCCCCAAAAUGCUGCAGCAACCUGACUCCAUAGAACAGCCACACCAGGACAGCACUGAGAAGAAAGACAUAUCAGAUGCUUUAACUCUUCCAGUCAAACGGCGUUUAGUUUGGGGUGAACAAGAAGGUACUGGAGAAAAGGAGAAUCGGCAAGCAACAGAAGAGGAAGAAAACCAAGAUGAACAGGCCCCAGCUGUGGCUCAGCAGUUAGAAGAAAACAAUAAGGAUGCCAACGAAGAUAAGAAAAUUGAAGGUGAGAAUGCCUUGCUAUUGAAUUCUCCUGCAGCUGUGUCAGAUUCUUCUUCCGUAUCCUCAAGGUCAGGCGGCAGGCUUCCUACUCCAAAGCUGAGAGCGCUUGGUGGAGCUCAGAGGACUCAUCAUGAUCUCACUACCCCAGCUGUUGGAGGUGCAGUUCUAGUGUCUCCUCCUAAAUUCAAGUCUUCAUCUUCACAGCAGAGAACAAGAGGUUUAGGAACAGACCCUUCUUCAGCUAAGCAAAGUGCAAGAGAAGCUUCAAAAAGAAGGUCAUUACAGCCUGCUGUGGAAGUAGAAGCUGUUUCACACCUUACCUCUCCACCUGCUGGGCUGGGAACUUUGGAUCCUCUGCCACUUAGGCAGGAUCAGUGGCCUCCUAACAGUGUUUCUGAUGAGCAAGUUCCUCUUGCUUCAGCCCAUCAAGAGCGCUCCUCUAUACCUCCUGUGCUGAAGUCGGCCAAAAGCUGCUCUAUGCCUUGCUGGAGUCCCUCUCGUCGUAUUCAAGGGACUCUCAAAGAUCCAGAAUUCCAGCAUAAUGGGAACAUUGGCAAUCCGAAAAUGAGAUCUUUCCAGUUACCCCCUCAGGAAAGAAACUAUAAUGAUGAAGAUGACAGGUUGUCUCAGAUUUCUGCUCGCUCAGCAGCGUCUAGCUCCCUUGCAUCUCAGAUACUGGAACGAGCUCAGAAGAGGAAGGAUUUCUGGAGCAAGAAAUAAGCUUUUCGACCCUUUGUACAGAAACUGUUCUGUAAAAUUAUUAUUGUUUUUUUAAAUGGUUUGAAGUGUAUAUUUUCAAAAAUUGUGAUUGUAGAUAUCAUGCAGCAUCCUUUCACUUACCACUAAUAUAGCCCAACUUUUAGGACUUGCCGUCCCAAUGUAAAAUUUCAAUAUUUAAACCAUCAUUGAAAAUUUAAGUCCUUUAUAUCAGAGAGUUACACCUUGAUUUUAACCAGUGAUCUUAAAGGCAACCGUGGUAUAUUUGUUUAUGUUACUGUAUAAAUUGCCAGUACAACACAGUGUUGUAACAAAAAGUUACUUUUACUACUUACUACUUUUAACCUGUUACCAAAAAUUUUUUACUGUUUCUUAGUGACGCUAACGUGGAACAUGCAGGAGUCUGAGAAAAGGAUGCUAAGCGUUAGGGUUUGUUCAUUUUCCACAGUUUUUUGGCCAGGAUGGCUAUUAGAGUUCAAUGUGUACAGUACUGCAGUUCAUCAAAUGUACUGAUGUGAACAUUUGUCUUUUUGUGGGCAAGACCCAUGUUUAGCAUUAAUUUCAAAUUCUCUAGAAAAACCUCAGCCACCUUAAACAGUGGCCUUCCCCAGCCCUGCUUCAAACUCAGGUAAUGUCUUAAAGUAAACUCUGAAGAAUGUUUUUUCUUGAUUUUGACAUUUUAAUUACCUCUCCUCCUGGUUGCCUCUUUCUUGGAGACUGGUGUACUGUUAUGAUUGUCACAGUGAAAAAUGUUUGUGAUUUAUGCUGACAGCUUGUUUUAUCUUUCCAAGCGAUGCAGACAAGUUGACAUCAAGUAGAGAAAAUUGGUGGCUAGCAGGCAGUUUAUUUCUUCUUGGGUGGCUUCAAGUUUUAAUAUUACUUCACUUGGAAUUUUAUACAAGAACAAUUUGAAUUUUGUACACAUUUGCUUACAUUUUGAUUUUGUACACAAUUAUGUACACACAUUACUGGAAAUAAAAAAGGUUGUUUGUUUUGUUUCUAUUCAAGUUAUGCCAGAUAAAUUAGUAGAGCCUGUUA